GUCAAUUCACUGGAAAUAUCCCACUUGGGUGAGUCAACUGAGUAUUCCCUAUUCCCAGGUCAUUUCUACCUCGAGACCCCUUUCCUUUCCUUCUACGUGCGAACAACCACAGAAUACAGUUUUUAUUUGAAUUGAGUUUGCUAUUGUACUCGGAGCCAAAGGUCAAUAGAUCCUUUAUCAAGUUCUUUUAUCAUGGAGACGACUCACAAACAAGUUGCCACAAACUGCCCUUUCGUAGAUUUCAGAUAUCUUAUGGAAAGCGGCCAUGAAUUUGACAUGCAACAACACCAAGCGCACUGUAGAGACUACAAACUGCACGGAGAGAAUGAUUACAAUGCACACCUACUUAGUGUCCUCACCGAGACACGUAGCGUGGUUACAAUCGAAGAAUCGGAAGACGGCAGGGUGCCAUCGGAGGCAUCGGCAGAUAAAGAAGAAGCACAAGAGCUAAUCAAGAAAGUCGGGAGGAAAUUAAGAGGAGAAGACGGCAGGAAUUACAGGACAAUCAUGAUAUAGAACCUUUUGAUCCGCUCGUGGAUGACCUUCUUGAGAGUCAGGUUGUGCAUUAUGAGGUGUUGUGGCGGUGCGGAUUAGUUCCUAUCAUGUUUAAUUCAAAGACUAGCCAGCAAAGAAUUGAUAGGCGGGAGAAUAGUGAAGGUUGGGGUUUCUUCAUGCUCAUCGCUUGAUUGUUAGUGUUUCGCUAGCAUUGCCUUCAAAUUUAGAAUCAGGCCAUGCGCCAAAACAUGAAGAUUUCCGCUCAAAUCUACCCCUUCCACAGCUUUUAGCUCCAAACAAGAACUGCAACCCAUUUCGUGGCCAAAGUAAUAUUAGUACCAUUGG